CACCGUUUGGCAGAUUCUGCCACCGUUCAAUACAUUGAUCCAUGCCCUCCCCCAAACCACCCGAAUCUCAGAAGAAGAAGCCUGGCCGCGGCGGUCCUAGACCCGGCGCAGGACGGCCACGCAAAGAGCCACAGCCCGGCCAAGGUCAACACAAGCCCCGAAAGAAAACACAGACUUCGCAAGCGCAUCAAUUGGCGCCUGGGGCUGCGAUCCCAGCAUUCUUCCAACCACGAGAUAUCUCACGGCCCGUUCCACUCGGAACUCACUCGCCGUUUACUACACCAUCCACUUCGACAUCCCGUGGUCCCGUUCAAGAUCCGCAGGCGUCCUUCUGGUCUGGUGUUCGUGUGGCCGCCGGUGCGGCGGCGGCGAUUCGAACUGAGAAUGGCAACAAAGCUCCCAUGCUCACCGACUCCGACCUUCGUUCGUUACAAGAGGGUCUCGAAUUCAUCGAAGGCAAUGACGAACAUGCCGAUAUUCUUGCCCGCCGGGAGCAGGAUUCCCAAGAGUCCAUGGUCGACGAGAUUUUUGAGAGGGACGGGGAGAUGGAUAGUGACGCGGUGUUAGAGGCGGAGACGAGGGAUUCCGAGGCUGCGAAUGGAUCAAUUCACGACCAGCACCAUUACGGACUUCGGAAGAGAAUUGUGGAUGAGAUUCGUGUUCAUGGCAUGCCUCUGUGUUACAAAAGAGGGCAAUUAUUUGACCGCCCCGUGCAUCCCAUCUUUGCCAUGCAGCGCAGCGCAACACUCGGCCUUGCCACUGGGCUUGAUCCCAGCCCAUUGUAUCUCUGCGAAACUUUUCUUUGGCUUCCGUCGUAUCUGCCUGGUCAUCCUGACAGAUUUUUGUGCUACAAUGACAAUCCUAUUGCUCGACGUGUCCGCUCCAUGCCAAAUGAUUUCUUCAUUCUCACGAAUUGGUACACCUGUGAUAAACGGCGGAACGGAAGUCCAGGAUGCGGUCAGAAUAUUCAAGGCACUGACCCACAUAUCAUUGGCCAACUUCCCAGAUUUGUUCAAGCUGCGUUUCCAGCCUAUCUCUCGGCGCGCGGGGCAAUCUUGAAGCUUGUCAUGCGCCAGAUGUCCAAUACAUUUGCUGCUCGAUUCGGGCCUGCUCCUUUUUUGGACCUCUUUUCGGACAUCCAACACCGUGCCCAUGCUGACAAUGAGAUGAUUUAUCUCAGCGCGGCGAACUUCUAUGGCGUUAAGCCGAUGGAGCCCUUCUCUGGCUUUGAUGAUUGCACCCGCUACGCUGGCUCAUUGCCAUCAGUUGGGUAUCUGAAGGCGCUGUUCACCGACUACAUCUCUGCACAUCGGAUCUUCAUCGACCGCUUUAUUGCAAGUCUUCCGCUCACCAUUGCGAAGGUGGAUCACACUUUUGAUUUUUUGAAGCAUAUGGGUGGUGUCAAGGGCUCUCGUAUCUUCACAGCGGCUUAUACCAUCUUGAACGAGUUCGAGGAAGUUCAAGCACAUUCCCUGACAUUGACAAAGUCUUUAUCCUUUGUUGAUGAGAUGUAUUCUCGUCUUCUCCAAGGCCUGACAGAUUGCCAGAAUGCGGUGACACAGAUUUUGUACACAGACUCGCCUCAAUUAGAACGCUCAUUCCACGAGAAGAUCAACUCCGCUCUUCGCGACAAUGUUUCGGCAGUCACAGAUUGGACCGACCUCCCCGCGUUUGAACGAACACUCACCAUCCUACCCCAGACUCUGUCAGAUCCCAUUAUUAUUGAAUCAAUGGCCAACGAGGUUCUACAAAGUCUGAUUGCCCCUUCAACAACAUCCUCCUCGUGGGCAAUUAUCAUUGAUGCACCUCAGUUACCACCGCCAUCACCCAGUUGCACCCCCGCGGGGGUCCUACUGGGUACCCUCAGACGUAGCUCUGAGGGUACCUAACAGGUACCCCCCUGCGGGGCCCGCGGGGGGGAUUUGGUCC